UAGACCUCGGACGUGCAGUUGCAUCAUCACACGCGUCGGCACCGUCCACCAGGAGCAGCAUCACCAUGCCUGUGUUUCACACAAAGACGAUCGAGAGCAUCUUGGAGCCGGUGGCCCAGCAGGUCUCACGGUUGGUCAUACUCCACGAGGAAGCGGAAGAUGGCAACGCAAUGCCGGACCUCAGUCGGCCGGUGCAGGCCGUGUCGCUGGCGGUCACGAAUCUGGUGCGCGUGGGCCGCGAAACGAUACAGAACUCGGACGACGACAUCCUGCGGCAGGACAUGCCGUCGUCGUUGACGCGCGUCGAAACGGCCUCGCAGCUGCUCGAGGAGGCCUCGCUGAUGCUCCGCUCCGACCCGUUCUCGGGUCCGGCUCGCAAAAAGCUGAUCGAGGGUUCGCGGGGUAUCCUGCAGGGCACCUCGUCGCUGUUGCUGUGCUUCGACGAGUCGGAGGUGCGCAAAAUGGUGCGCGAGUGUAAGCGCGUGCUGGACUACCUGGCCGUCUCGGAGGUGAUCGACACGAUGGAGGAUCUGGUGCAGUUCCUGAAGGAUCUCAGCCCGUGCCUGAGCAGGGUGACGCGCGAGGUGAGCGCCCGCGAGAAGGAGCUGACGCACCAGGUGCACAGCGAAAUUCUGGUGCGCUGCCUCGAGCAGGUGAAGAUCCUCGCCCCGAUCCUGAUCUGCAGCAUGAAGGUGUACAUUCUGAUCGCGGAGCAGGGCGGCAAGGGGUCGGAGGAGGCGGCCGAGAACCGGAACUACCUGGCGUCGCGCAUGAGCGAGGAGAUCCAGGAGAUCAUUCGCGUGCUGCAACUGACGACGUACGACGAGGAUCAGAGCGAGCUGGACAAUCUGACCGUGCUGAAGAAGAUCCACAAUGUGAUCAACAACAAGAUGGAGGCCGCCAACGAUUGGCUGCGCAAUCCGUACGCGCUGCGCGGUGGCGUCGGCGAGAAGGCACUGCGCCAGAUCGUCGAGAAUGGGCUGAAGGUGGCCGACCGCUGUCUGCCGCAGGAUUCGCACAUUCUGCGCAAGCUGGCGGGCGACAUUACGGCCAUGGCUAACACGCUGUGCGAUCUGCGGCAGGACGGCAAGGGAACGACCCCGCAGGCGGACAACAUUGCGCGCGACAUCCGCGACAAGCUGGGCAGCCUGGAGCAGUCGGUGCUGAACGCGAUCAUGGGCGUGGAUAAGGCGGGCCUGCAGCAAACGGCUCACACCGUCCAGGGGCGACUGGAGCAGGCCUGCCGCUGGCUGCAGAACCCGGCCAAGGACGACCGGGGGUUGGGCGUGCGAGCCAUCGCGCUGAUUGUGGACGAGGGACGUCGCGUGGCCGACGGGCUCGGUGGUCACCAAAAGUCGGAGAUGAUGCAGCUGUGCGAAGAGGUGGAACAUUUGGCGCACGACUUUUCGCAGCUGUGCGCCAACGGAAUGGGUCACACACCGCAGGCGCAGGAAAUUGCGCGCCGUCUGAACGAGAAGCUGCACGGUCUGAAGAAGCAGAUCCAGGACGCGGUGGUGAGCCGGGUGGUGGAGGACUUCAUCGACAUCUCGACGCCCCUGAAGCAGUUCAUGGAAGCGGUCGCGAUGCCGGAGGGAACACCGGGCAGGGAUCAGAACUUCAACCAGAAGUCGAACCGGCUGCAGAGCUUCAGCGACCGGGCGUCCAAGACGAGCCGCAUGGUGGCGGCCGGUGGCUCCGGGGGCAACAAAAAGCUGGCGGAGGUGCUGCUGGCGUCGGCCAACCAGGUCGACAGUCUCACGCCGCAGCUGGUGUCGGCCGGCCGCAUCCGGAUGAACUAUCCGACGAGCAAGGCGGCCGAGGAGCACCUGAACAACCUGAAGCAACAGUACGCCGACACGAUCCUGCGCAUGCGGACACUGUGCGAUCAGGCGACCGAUCCGGCCGACUUUAUCGAAGCGUCGGAGAAGCAGAUGCAGAAGCACUCGUUCCUGUGCGACGAUGCCAUCCGCUCGCGGCAACCGCAGAAGAUGGUCGACAAUACGUCGAGCGAGGCACGCCUCGCCAACCGGGUGCUGCUGGUGGCCAAGCAGGAAGCGGACAAUUCGGAAGAUCCGGAGUACAUUGGGCGGGUGAACGGCGCUUCCGGUCAGCUGCAGGCGUCCAUUUCGCCGAUGGUGCAGGAGGCAAAGAAUGUUUCCACCAACAUUGCCGACCCGGUGGCCGCCUCGAACUGGCGCGAAGCGAACAAGGCGCUGCUGCAGAGCGUACGCAACGUUCGCUCGGCCAUUACGCACGCACCGGAGGUGCCGGAAAUGCCGGACCUGGCCCAGCUACGGCUCGGACAACAGACGAGCGAGGCCGUUCCACCGCCGCGACCUCCGUUGCCGCGCGAAAACGUACCACCGAUGCGUCCUCCACCGCCACCGGCCGAGACCGACGACGAGGAUGACGUGUUCCAGGGGCACAUGCCGCACGCCAACCAACCGAUCCUGAUGGCCGCCCACGGACUACACCAGGAGGUGCGCCAAUGGUCGUCGAAGGACAACGAAAUCAUUGCCGCCGCGAAACGGAUGGCCGUGCUGAUGGCUCGCCUCUCGGAGCUGGUCCGGGCCGAUUCGAAGGGCAGCAAGCGGGAGCUGAUUGCGACGGCCAAGAAGAUUGCCGAAGCGUCCGAGGACGUGACGCGGCUGGCGAAGCAGCUGGCCCGCCAGUGCACGGACAAGCGCAUCCGCACGAACCUGCUGCAGGUGUGCGAACGCAUCCCGACCAUCGGCACGCAGCUCAAGAUCCUGUCCACGGUGAAAGCCACCAUGCUCGGGGCGCAGGGUUCGGAAGAGGACCGCGAGGCCACGGAAAUGCUCGUUGGCAAUGCGCAAAAUCUGAUGCAGAGUGUAAAGGAAACGGUUCGUGCCGCCGAAGGAGCCAGCAUCAAGAUCCGGUCGGAUCAGACGAACCAACGGCUACGCUGGGUACGUCGUCAGCCCUGGUACCAGUACUAGGGCCCCAUUCUCUAGUCCCUUGUUUUCCCGAAACACCCGAUAUUCGGUCACCUCGUUGUGUCACCGCCGUAUUGUGUCUAAAAGCAUUCGAAAUGUACGGAGACUGUUGUGUCGAAUUUGUUGGUCCCCCUUUUUGUCCCUCUGUAUGUAACACGAAGUGUUUCGUUGGUCUUGGAACAAGCGAACGCGUGGCAACAACACGGAGCAGGAACCGGGCGGAGGUAAGAUGUGGUUCGAUGGUAAAAACCGGUAUACCUUAACGCAACGAAGUGCUUUGUAAAAGUUGUUUUUUGUCGAAAGGAGAUUGUUGUUGGUUGUGGGGGCCUCUACAGAGGUUGGCGAAAGCGGCGGAAGUGCAGAACAAAUGUUGCCACGGGAUUGUUGGCCCAAAGGCCCAAGCAGUGAGGAAAAGUAUAUAGGGAAAACAUGUUGCCAAAUAUUUUUAACAAAACGAAUAAUAAUAAGCGACAGUUACGGAGGAACUGCGCAAUCUUUACUAAUCCUAACAGAACCUGCUGUUUUUCGGUAACCCGAGUGUGUGUUUUCUGAACGAUUUUAACAAGAUUUGACGCGUAGGGAAGAGUUUGACCGGGUGGCGAACAGCUGGAUUCGUUGGAACAUCGAAACAUAAGCUUUAACACACUCAUAUGGUAAACGGCGCAUGUCGAAUGUUGGCAGCGAAGAGGUAAGGGCGGAAUUGUGAACUGCAGCUUAUUUAUAAACGAAACGGGAGGGCGAGAAUAGUAAGCAAAUCGAAAAAAGGUCUAAGGUUGCGUUGAGUUUGCGAAGCGAAGGAAGUCGUUACUAGAUAGAUGUCAGGCUUUUUAAACUGUCAUCCGCCGGAAGCAGAGGGGGCCGUACAAAAAUUAACACUCAGAAAGUCCGGCCGCGGCUGUGAGUCGCGUGAGCCCCCCAUUUUAUUGAGUGUUGUGCUAAAGUACUAAUUACCGAUAGUAACCAGUUUCACUAUAGGAUAACAAUAAUGCGAUCGACGGGAGUGGAAUUGAACCGUAAGUUUGGUUAAAUGUGCGUUUGAAAAAGGUGAACCAUAAGGGUCAACAAUCUUCCUCUUGUUAUGGCUCCUUUUUAUUCUUUUAACGGUUGCGUUUCAGUGGUGAGUUUUUGGAUGUUUAUCGUAAACUGUGCAAUAUGUUUCAAACAAACUUGUUGUGCUAAAGCAAACACUAAAACACAACCCCUCCUAAGUAACAAUCAGCCUCGGUAGGUCUAAGAUCGAUUUGGUAGUGAUAGCAACAAUCUUUAACCGGACGUCGUCGGCGUUGGUUUUCUCGUUCUUACUUACAAGCUUACAACUUAGUGAAGUAAUGUGAAACACUGAAUUCGAUUAAUACCUAUUAAGCGUUACUAGAUUGGAAGCGUUUUCGUGUAGCGUGUGUGUUUUCUUGUUCAUCGAAAUUUAUUCCAUCAAAGAAACCCAUGGAAAAUACAAACUAACCUGACGUCGAUAGCGCAGCCUGAAAAUGGAGCGACCAAUCACACACACCCGAAUAUGAUAGAUAUUUUACAAAUAGAUUGUUCGCUAAUUACAAUCAACGCAUUUUUGUAGAUGAAUUUAAGCCCCACUCAACCGAUGCAAUAGUAGAUGAUUCAAAGCAAAGGUACGCCGACUAAUGGGAAAACCUCAGCAGCACUGCGUAGUGGAAUGUGAAAACAAGGCAAGCUAAGGGAGCGUCACUACUUGGCUCUCGGGCCACAAGAUAUGUAUUGCAAAAGGCGCCGGUACAGCAAGCCGCGGAACGCUUACCCUACUCACAUGGGCGAGUCGGGAUAGAUUUGUAACUUAUUAACAAGUGCCUAUUUAUUGUUGUAACACACACACACACACACCAAUUAUUGACGGAACACUUUUUUCUACCGUUCUCUUUUUUGUCUAUGAUUUUUCGAAAAUGAGAAAAUAUAUAUUAUAAAAA